AUAGGAGGUACACCAAAAAGUACCCCUUUAGCCCAGAAAUUCCCGUGAAAAGCCCACAUGGUAUAAAUGGUAUAAAUAAAUGGAUAAAUAAAAAAUGAAUCCGCGGUCUCUAUUUAAAAAAAUCACCCACGAAAUGACAACAAGUCAAAACUAAAAUGCAAAACAACCCAAAAAAAUAAACCAAAUGAAAAACAAUACAAAUAAAACCACCAAAAUGAAGUAGAAAAAAGAACAAAAAUAUAAUAGAAAAAAAUCUGGCGGUCUCUGGGCAGCUGAGAGUCACUUGUUUUGGUGCCUAGAAGCAAGUGAAGAAAAAAAAACUGCAAAAAUGAGAUACAAAUAUUUGAGUGACGUCUGACCGGGACUGAGUGAGAGAGAGAGAGAGAGGGAAGAAGAGGAGCAGUGAAGAGACAGAACAGAGAAAUGGAAAGGAAGAGGGGAAAGUGAAGGAAGAAAGACAGUAAAUAGAAAGAAAGACCGGAUGAUAAGAUUUUAAGUGACAAACGAAGAAAAAGAGACAGGAGGGGAAAAAAAGAGGAAUUUGUUUUUGGGGGUGAGAAUUUAAGUGACGAAUGAAGAUAAAAGAGAAAUUGAAACUAGUAUUGUGUUGAAAUCUAAAGAAACAAGGAAGAAAAGAUAAAAAAAGAUAAAGAAUAAGAUGAAGUAAGAUAGAAAAAGAAAUACGAGAAAUUUUGAGUGAAAGAUUAUAUAACGCACAUGGAUACUUGAAAAACUUAAGACACGCACACACACACACACACACACACACACACACACACACACACACACACACACACACACACACACACACACACACACACACACACACACACACACACACACACACACAUAGAUUAGAAACUGUUAAGAUGAAAUAGGGAGGAGAAAAACACACAAACACAAACUUGAAAACGCUCACCAAUAAACACACACAGAUAGAAAAACUCACCACACACACACACACACACACACACACACACACACACACACACACACACACACACACACACACACACACACACACACACACACACACACACACACACACACACACACAGUCACCAAGCAUGACAGCACAGUACAUGAAGGUCCAGCCAGAGUCCGCCAGCACGUUCCAGUUCUGGCUGGCCCGCACCCCUGGCCAAUGAUGCUCAGUGAGACAGUGUGUGGACAGAGGCAUUGUACUAGAGACCUUGGCUACCCUGUGCCCUGGGAUCCCUGAGCCCUGCCACGUGGGGGCCAGCGGGGGGCUGAUGUACAGCGACCGCCAGUGAUGGGAGCGUGCUGUUGCAAGACCCAGCCUGACGCCGGUGCUGACGACGACAUCAUCAUCGACAGGAGAGAGAUUGAGUUCAUUUCGGGCACUGUGACGGAAGAUGGCCUCAAGAGCAGCGCACUGUCCAGCCUCACCGACAAGUAUGUGUUGGACACCCUGGCAGUUAUUAGGACACUGGUCGAUAAUGACCAGGACCCGCCCCCGUCGAUGCUGAAGCUGCACUCCAUCGCGGACAAGGAGGCGGGGUGGCUGGUGGUGGUGAGGUCAAUGGUGCAGGUCAUCCCUCUCACUGACCCCCUCGGACCAGCUGUCAUCACCCUGCUGCUUGAUGACUGCCCUCUCCCUAGCAAGGAGACAGUGGUUCACCUUUGCAAGUUCUUUGAUCUGAGUGGAGAGAGUGCGUCGGAGAGCUGGAAGAACCCUCAGCUUCACCGCAACAUCUGUGUGGUGCUAGGAUGCAUUGCCGAGCGCCUUGCCGGGCCUGCCUCCAUUGCCCUGCUCACCAACACCACCUUAGAGUACCUUGUGGCUCACCUGAAUGAAGACAAUCACCCCUGCGUCAUUCUGUUCGCCCUCAUCGCGCUGGAGAAGUUUGCCCAGACCAGCGAGAACAAGACCAGUAUUAGCAAACGCCUUGGCCACGACCCCACCAACCCACUCAGAACGCUGGAGGGGUGGAUGGCGCACGCUGAUUACGUGCACAGACAAGUCGGAUUCUGUGCCCAGUGGUGUUUGGAUAAUCUGUUUAUAUGCGAUGGGCGGCCUUACUCCUAUGAGAAUGUGGACACCCAACACCUCAACGCCAUGCUGAACAGUAAUGACGUCAGCGAGUACCUCAAGAUCUCCCCGGAUGGUCUGCAGGCGCGGUGUGAUGCUUCCUCCUUCGAGAGUGUGCGGUGUACGUUCCAGGUGGACGAGGGGGUGUGGUACUAUGAGGCCACCAUCAUCACCGCCGGCGUCAUGCAGAUCGGAUGGGCCACCAAAGACAGCAAGUUUCUCAAUCAUGAAGGGUACGGCAUAGGUGACGAUGAGGUGUCGGUGGCCUAUGACGGGUGUCGGCAGCUGUUUUGGCACAGUGCGCAGAGCCAGAGUCACAUUCACCCCAGCUGGAAACCCGGUGACAUCCUUGGCUCGCUGCUUGACCUCAAUAACGCCCAGGUCAUCUUCUAUCUCAAUGGCGACCCCCUCCCCCCCCUCACUCAUGUCUUCAGCAACGCAAUGAGGGGCUUCUUCGCGGCGGCAAGCUUCAUGUCGUUUCAGCAGUGCGAAUUUAAUUUUGGCCGCAAGCCGUUCCUGCACCCACCAAAGGACAUCGCCUUCCAGAGCUUCAAUGACCACGCUCACCUCAAGGACGCUGAGAAGAUCAUCCUGCCCAGACACAUUCGCCUGCAGAAGUUGAGAGCCAUGAGUGUGGAGGAGGGAGCCUGCACUCUCUGCUUUGAUGAGAGUGCCACCAUUGUGUUCCUCCCUUGCUCACACAGGGGUUUCUGUGAGCGGUGUUCCCUGCAGCUGGAGAUUUGCCCCAUGUGCCGCCGCCACAUCAAGGAGAGGCAGAAGGUGGAAGAGAAGCUCAGUGUCAAGGAGGAUGUCACAUGACCUUAGGAUGAGACGAGAGCACCACAGCGGCGACACCUCACCACACAGGGCCGAGGUGCCAGCUAGUGUCGGCACUUCCCCAUGGCUUGUGUGUGUGCGUGUGUGUGUAUGUACGUGUGUGUGUGUAUAUGUGUGUGCAUGCCUGGGUGUACUUGGGUGUAUAUACAUGCCUCUAGAAGCUUCCAUGAGUGUUUCAGCGUCAUGGCAUAAUCAAAUUCGGGGGAAAAAAAUAUGUAUCGUUUUCUUUUUUCGUUUUCUUUUUUAUUUCUUUUUUUUUUUCAUUGUCGGAUUAGGUUAGGCUUGUUGUUUUGUUGUCUUUUUUUUCCUUUUCUUUUUCCCUUUUUC